AUGUAUUGCAGUCCUGCCAACCCAAGAAAAUUAUGGGAGCAAUUUGAAGAAUCAAUGACCGAAGAUUAUAAACUGUUGCAAACUACUGACAGAAGGGAAAUCCGAUAUCAAGCUUUAAAUCAUAUCAACGAUAUUUUUCAUUCUAUGGGCCAUGAUGUAAAUGAGUACGAACUCAUCCCAGAAACUAUCAGGUCCUUUGCGGCAGCAAAAGAAAUUCAUUUUGAAAGAUCUCUUACUGUUAGCGAAGACGAUGUACUCUUAUAUAAGCGAUUAAACAAAAAUCAAAUGGUUGCAUAUAAUGUGAUUACUGGCAGAAUAUUUUCAAAGAAAGCAGGCGCAUUUUUUGUUGACGGUCCCGGAGGAACAGGGAAAACUUUCUUGUACCGUGCUUUGUUAGCAAUCGUACGAUCUAUGGGAUAUAUAGCUUUAGCGACAACUACCUCUGGUGUUGCUGCUUCUAUUCUCCCGGGUGGCUGUACACCACAUUCGCGUUUCAAAAUUCCUAGUGAAAUUGAUGAAAAUGCCAGUUGUAACAUUAGCAAAGAAAGCUCGCUCGCAGGUUUAAUCCGGGAUGCAAAAUUGAUUGUGGGGGAUGAGGUAUCUAUGGCAAAAAAAAGAAUGUUGGAAGUUUUUGAUCUACUGUUAAAAGAUCUGAUGGAUACAAAUGCAUUAUUUGGUGGAAAAGUUGUAGUUUUUGGAGGUGAUUUCAGGCAAACUCUUCCUGUCGUUCGAUAUGGGAAAAAGGAAGAUUUCAUUGGCAAAAGUUUGUUAUAUUCUAGCAUUUGGAAUGAACUUGAAAAAUUGCAGUUAUCUGAGAAUAUGAAAGCAAAGACUGAUUCUGCAUUUUGUGCUUAUCUACUAAGAGUUGGAAAUGGACAAGAACAGGUCAACUCAGCAAACAAGAUUGAAAUUCCACUCUUUAAUUAUUCCUUACACAACCGAAAAAGAAUCUCUAGAUAA